AGCUAUACACGCUGUUUUUAUCAUGUCUACGGGAACUGGAAGAGACCCGGCGUGGGAACAUGGGGAUGAAAUAAAGAAACCGGGGUUAGAGGGGAAAACGUACAAGUAUGUUAAAUGCAGGUAUUGUGGCCAACAAACUACUGGAGGAGUUAGUAGAUUAAAAAAUCACCUUGCUGGCACAAGGAAAAACGUUAAACCUUGUCCCGCCGUUUCUGAUAAAAUUAAAAAUGAGAUGUUAAACAUGCUCAAGUUGAGUGAGAACACAAAAACUGUGUACAAAAGAAACCGAGAGGAGCUUAUUGAGAGUGGUUCUUACUAUCAAAGUUCGAAUCCAUCUGCCGAAGAUUCGAGUGGGGUUAACAAUUCUCAAAGAGGUGUCCGAGGCCCUAUUGAUAGAUUUGUUGUUGACGUUGACAAUGAGAAUAAGAAUUGUGCUCCGGUCGGUGAUAAAGAACGAAGACAACAUACUUGCUUGGACGUUGGCAGAUUUUUUAUUGAGAAUGGGAUUCCUUUUAAUGUGGCCAACUCUCCUUCUUUUAUCAACAUGUGUCGCUCAAUUGGUAAUUAUGGACGGGGUUUCAAACCUCCUUCACCAUAUGAGCUUAGCCAUUGGAUUCUGGAUGAAGAAGUGAAAACAGCGCAGAAACUGGUAAAUGAGGUGAAGGUGACAUGGACUCAAACUGGAGUUUCCAUAUUAUCAGACGGGUGGAAAGAUAUGCGUGGAAGACAGUUGAUAAACUUUCUUGUUAAUAAUCCAUAUGGGACAGUGUUCUUAAAAUCGGUUGAUGCGUCAGAUCAAGUCAAAGAUGCACAAAUGUUAUGUAAGCUCCUUGAUAGUGUUGUGGAGGAGGUAGGUGAAGAUAUUGUUACUCAAGUGGUUACUGACAAUGCGUCAAACUACAAGGCUGCUGGAAAAUUGCUAAUGGCCAAGCGACCUCAUCUUUGGUGGACACCUUGUGCCGCUCAUUGUAUUGAUUUGAUACUAGAGCAAAUUGGAGAGCUUCCUCAACAUAAAAAUGUGCUAGCGAAGGCGAAGAAGGUAACCAAAUUGCACAACUUUAUAAUUAUUUUAAUUCUAAAAUAGUAGUUAAUAAAUUUAUUUAUAUAAACUGACUGGAAUAUUAAUUUUCAAAACUGGUUGCUAUAUAUUAAAAGUCCUAAAGUAGAUGAAAUAAUCAAUUCUCUCAAUUCCAAACUAGAAUAAGUUGGAAACUGCAAUCUGUUGAAGGAGGUCAAUUACUAAAAUAGUUAAAUCAGUUCAAAAAUGUAAUAUAUUUGUAAAAGUCAAAGCUGCAGUUAAUUUCAACACGGGAGUUUUUUCAAUUGGUUCAAAACUGGAGUUGGUUUAAAACUGGAGUUGGUUCAAUUGGUUGGAAACUGGAUUUAGUUCAAUUAGUUCAAAACUGGAGUUAGUUCAUUUGGUACGGGAACUAGUAAAUUACAAAUUAAUUUGUCUCAAAAGAAUGGUCAGCUCAUCAUUUAGCCAAGACUACGGAGGCAAAGAAGGUGAAGCAGAUAGUGCUGAGAGAUAAAUUCUUUUGGUCAGGCAUGGCUUAUGCUAUCAAGACAACAAAGCCAUUGUUUACUGUGUUGAGGAUGGCAGACUCUGAGAAGAUGCCCGGUAUGGGAUUUUUAUAUGGCUCCAUGGAUCGUGCAAAAAAAGAGAUAGCAAAAAAUUUGGGCGGGGACUUGGGUGCAUAUAAAGAGAUUUGGGACAUAAUAGAUGAGAGGUGGGAGUUUCAGAUGCAUCGUGAUUUACAUGCAGCAGCAUACUACCUAAAUCCGCAGUACCAAUAUGAUCCCAAAAUGUCAAAUCACCCAGAGAUCAAAAUUGGUUUGUUCAACUGCGUGACAAAAAUGUUCCCAGAGCGUAGUGUUCAAGAGAAAAUACAUCUACAAAUGGAUGAUUUUCGCUUGAAAAGAGGCUUUUUUGGUCAUGAUGUGGCAAAAAGCACAGUCAACAAGCGUAGCC